AUGCCUCGCCAACGCCAUGUCCGCCAGCGAGCCGGUCACCACGUCGAGAGGCGCAACGCCAGGCGCGGCGGGUGCGGCGUAGGCGGCGGCGGAGGCGGCGGUGGUGUCAUGGCUGCGCCGACGGCGGAGGCGGCGGCGGCGGCGGUGGCGGCGGAGGCGCCCAAGGCGGCGACGGCGACGGCGGUGACGUCGGAGUGGUCGACGACGCAGGUCCGGUCGGCUGACGACGAGAGGCGGAUCAAGUACCCGGGGUUCGAACCAGGCACCCCGGCGGGCGCCGCGGCGGCCGAUUUCGUCCGGAGGGCGUCCACCAGCCCGGACCCCAACUUCCGGCCGGCCAUCAAGUGGCCGGACCUAGGCGUGCAGGUGUUCCUGCACGUUUCCGCCCUCUACGGCCUCCUGCUGGCGCUCACCACCGCCAAGCUGGUCACCGUUGUGUGGGCAAUCAUAGUCCUGUAUGCUUCGGGGUUUGGUAUAACAGCAGGAGCCCACAGACUGUGGUCACAUCGUGCCUAUAAAGCCAAAUGGCCACUAAAAUUGCUAUUGGUCUUUCUUUUUACCAUUGCAGGCCAGCGGCAUGUUUAUCAAUGGGCAUUGGAUCAUCGUAUACACCACAAAUUCAGUGAAACUGACGCAGAUCCUCACAAUGCAAAGAGAGGGUUCUUCUUUAGUCAUGUAGGCUGGCUUGUGUUAGAACCCCAUCCUGAUGUGGUUGCCAAACGUUCCCAGGUUGAUAUGAGUGAUUUGGAGUCUGAUCCAAUAAUCAUGUGGCAUAAGAAAUUGUAUGUUCCCCUAUUUGCUCUGCUGGUGAUUAUUCUUCCUGUGUGGGUGCCAUGCCAUUUCUGGGAUGAAUCUCUUUGGACCUCCUUUUUUGUGGCAUUCAGCUGUCGUUUCUGCAUAACCCUACAUAUUGCCUUUUUUGUCAAUAGUGUUGCACAUAUGUGGGGAAACAGGCCAUAUGAUAAAAACAUUAGCCCAGUUGAAAACUUUGCUGUAUCCAUGGCUGCCCUAGGAGAAGGCUGGCAUAAUUACCAUCACGUAUUUCCAUAUGACUACAAAACGGCUGAACUGGGAAACUACACAUUAAAUUUAACCACAGCUUUCAUCGACUUUUUUUGUUGGCUCGGCUGGGCUUAUGAUGCAAAGUCUGUUUCAGAAAAUAUGGUCAAACGACGUGUUUUGCGAUCAGGUGAUGGCAGCCACAACUUAUGGGGAUGGGGAGAUAAGGAUAUUUCUGAAGAUGAUAGGCUAGAAUUACAAAGCUUAGAAAGAAAGGAAAAAUCCCAAUAGAUUUUGUAUUGUUUAUAAAUGUAAUCACUGUUGUAAUAGAUUGUAUACAAUAGUUGUAUAUUAAUUGUUGGAAUGAAAAAUGUUGUAUUCUUGUAUACUAAAUGAAUAGAAUAUCUCGAUAUAAAAGAACUACUACCUUUAUUUAUAUUAUAAUAUUGUUUAUUGUCAGGAAAAUGGAUUGCCCAAUUCUGAAUUGUUUGUUAAAUCUAAAUAUUGAAUCCAAAGAAAAAUGUUUAAUUAUUCAUGUAAAGCUUAAAAAUACAAUGCAAAAUAAUGUUAAUUAUUCCUUUCUGUGUUCAAUGUGUUCAUCUCAUCAUCUAUUUAGCUGUAUCACACACUGGCAAGCUUUCUUUCAAAAUGAUAGAUGUACAGAUAUUUUGAGUUUUGCUAUUAGUAUGCCAAUGUAUUGAAUUGCAAUGCAAUUAUUUGUGUAAUGAUAGUAAUAUUGUAUACCAGUAUUCUUAACAAAAUGUAAUAUUGCUUUUGAAGUAUGAUGUACAAGUGCCUCCUAAAAGAAGUUAUGUAUUUAGAAGUUCGUAUUGAUAACUUAUUUUUACAUGUCAAAUCUAUUUUUCCCUUCCAUUCAAUCAUUUAUAUACUAUGUUAAGUAUUUCCUACUUUGUGUGUGUGUGUGAGUGUGUAUAUUUUGUAGGAAAUCACUAUCACAAUUGCAUUAACACUUUGCAAACUAUUUAUGAAUAUAAAUUAUUUGCACUCUGCUAUAAUAUAAUUAUUUUGUAAUUGUUAUUAAAUAUCUAAGUAUCGUCACAAUGACUAAACUCAAUUUAUUGUUCAUAAUAAUUUUAUUUUUAAAUUUGAUUCUAAAUCAGAAUAGAUUUUGUUAGCAUAUUUCAUAUUAAAAAUUUAAAUAUGAAGUGACAAGGUACAUCCA